AUGUCCAACAGCAGCUCCAUCAGCCAGUUCGCAGACACGCGGCAGCUGCAGCUUUCGCACUUCUGGCUCUUCCUGGCCAUCCACCUGGCUGCCCUCCUGGGCAACAGCCUCAUCAUUACCACUAUCGCCUGGUACCACCACCUCCACACCCCCAUGUACUUCUUCCUCCUCAACCUCUCUGUUCUCGAUCAGAACUCCAUCUCCACCACCGUCCCCAAAGCCAUGGCCAGUUUCCUCUGGGACAACAGGAGCAUCUCCUACUCAGGAUGUGCCGCCCAGCUCUUUUUCUUUCUCCUCUUGAUAUCAGCAGAGUAUUCUGUUCUCAUUGUCAUGGCCUAUGACCGCUAUGUGGCCAUCUGCCAACCCCUGCACUAUGGGACCCUCCUGGGCAGCAGAGCUUGUGCCCACAUGGCAGCAGCUGCCUGGGCCAGUGCAUUUCUCUGUGCUCUCCCGCACACAAUCAAUACAUUUUCAGUGCCCCUCUGCCAGGGCAAUGCUGUGGGACAGUUCUUCUGUGAAAUCCCACACAUCCUCAAGCUCUCCUGCUCACUCUCAGACUACCUCAGGGAAGUUGGGCUUCUUGUGCUUUGUAGCUGUUUAACAUUUGGGUGUUUUGUUCUCAUGGUGGUGUCCUAUGUUGGGAUCUUCAGGGCUGUGCUGAUGAUUCCCUCACAGCAGGGACCGCACAAAGCUUUCUCCACAUGCCUCCCUCACCUGGCUGAUGUCUCCCUGUUUCUCAGCACUCCCAUCUUUGCCAACCUGAAGCCCUCCUCCAUGUCUUCCCCAUUCUUGGAUCUGCAGGUGUCAGUUCUGUACUCGGUGGUGCCUCCAGCAGUGAACCUCCUCAUCUACAGCCUGAGGAACCAGGAGCUCAAGGAUGCUCUCAGGAAAUUUAUGAAUUUUAGUUAUU